AUGACAGAUUUGAACGAAGACCAACAGUUUCAAGACUUGGACAGUUUCCUUAAUUCUCCUAAAUCAUCUAAGAAGGACGUUGUUGUGGAGCAAGCCGAUCAAAAACCAGCGACUCUCAUACUCAAUAAGGACUUAAUGGAAAAACCCCUCGAAAGAGUGUUGGGGUCGUCCGUUCCAGAAGCUGUAAAAUCAAUUGAAGGACUUUCCUAUGUUCCUCCCCCUCCUUCACACCAAGAAGCUCCAAAGCUUGAACCGAAACACACUGAUAUCACUACUGAUACUUCUAUUGGGACGGGGCUUGUCAUCUACAUUGGACAACUCAAACCUGAAACAAACGAAGAAACUCUUAGACAGUUCUUUGAGCCUUUUGGGAAGGUCGUUUCAGUCGAUAUAAUGCACCGCCCCGGCACUGGUGAAUGUAAAGGGUUUGCGUUUCUCAAGUUUUCUUCACUUGAAGAUGGCAACCGGGCAAUUUGUGAAAUGAACGAAAAGGAAAUCAAAGAGCUUUCAGCGACUAAAGUAAUUGUGAAGGUCUCUGCAAACCAAACCGUAAGACGAGAGAGACGCCCAUUUUUCCAAACUCAGCCAACUCUUCAACAACAACCAUUUCCAACACAAUACCCCCCUCAAAUGUACAAGCCGUAUCAAAUGCAACAGAUGCCUCAACAAAUGUUGUCACCACAAAACGUUGGGCAGCCGCAAAUGAACCCACAAAUGGCACAACCAAUGAGUCAGCAACAAGUACCACCAAAGAUGUACAACCCAACAUCACAACCACAACCACAACAAACUCAAGUACAACAACAGGAAUACAUGCAACAAGGGCAAUACCCAAUGCAAUACUGGCCAUAUAUGUACAUGCAAGGUAAUCAGGGAAAACAAAAGGCAACACUCUAUAUUGCUCACCUUCCACAGAAUUGCACCGAACUUACUAUAUACAGAAAUUUCGCGAGAUUUGGAGCGAUCGAGUCGGCGAACUGUUUGUUUGAACCGAACACAACGGUGUGCAGAGGGAUUGCUUUUGUCACAUAUUUUGAUUCACAGGAUGCUGUUCGAGCUCUGCAACAAAUGAAUAAUAAAAUGAUUGACGGACAAAUCAUCAAAGUCAGAUUUAAAAACCAAAAAUGA